AGGAACAAGCCAACACUCAAGUCGAUGAAAAGCCAACACAAGUUCUUUUAUGGAACGAGACGACUUCCUCCUAUAUUAAACCACAUCACAGUUGUCAUCAUGAACUACCAUGUUACCUUACCUAGUGGACUCUGUCUCUCUCUCUCUGUACAUCUGUAAACAAGAACUCAAAACCUAGGAAUGAUUGGAGAACAGCAUGCAAAUGAAAUCUAUAUGUAAUUUGUAGAUGAUGCACCACAUGCUCACUGACCAUGGACUUUAUGAUCACAAGUUCCAAAACCAGCAAUAGUUUACAGGCUCCAAAACAAAACCUGCCACUGAGAGCACAGAUCUUAAUCCUUCUUCACCCACUGAUAUGGCAACAUGUGAUUGGAAACACUAGUAAGUAUACUCAACUUGAAUCUUGGAUAGUAUUAGCAUAAGAUUAGAAGGACUUUCCAUCAAUUUAAAUGGCCACUUGGUCUCUUAAGAGUCACAUUCCAUCAUCAUCGACUCCCGUCACCAAGCAAACUCUUGUUGCUUGUCUCCGGCACCAACUUACUGUUAGUAGAAGGGAGAAGCGUUGGGAGGGAGGAGGAAGAUGAGGUGGGUGGCCAUGUCGGUGGCGAGGGCGUACCAAGGGAACAGGUCGGGGGCGGUGGCGGAGUGGCUGAACGAGGGGGACAAUGCGUGGCAGAUGAUCUCGGCGACGUUGGUGGGGCUGCAGAGCGUGCCGGGGCUGGUGAUCCUCUACGGCAGCAUCGUGAAGAAGAAGUGGGCGGUGAACUCGGCCUUCAUGGCGCUGUACGCCUUCGCCGCCGUCUGGAUCUGCUGGGUCACGUGGGCCUACGACAUGUCCUUCGGCGACAAGCUGCUCCCUUUCUGGGGGAAGGCCAGGCCGGCCCUCGGCCAGAAGCUGCUGAUCCAGCAGGCGGCGCUGCCGGCCACCACGCACUACCGCCGCGACGGCACCGAGGAAACGCCCAUGAUCACGCCCUUCUACCCCAUGGCCUCCAUGGUCUACUUUCAGUGCGUGUUCGCUGCCAUCACCGUCAUCCUCCUCGCCGGCUCCCUCCUCGGCCGCAUGAGCAUCAAGGCGUGGAUGCUGUUCGUCCCCCUGUGGCUCACCUUCUGCUACACCGUCGGCGCCUUCUCCCUCUGGGGCGGAGGCUUCCUCUUUCAGUGGGGCGUCAUCGACUACUCCGGCGGCUACGUCAUCCACCUCUCCUCCGGCGUCGCCGGCCUCACCGCCGCCUUCUGGGUCGGACCGAGGACGCCAAGCGAUCGGGAGAGGUUCCCGCCCAACAACGUGCUGCUGGUGCUGGUGGGGGCGGGAAUGCUGUGGAUGGGAUGGACGGGGUUCAACGGCGGCGACCCAUACGCGGCCAACAUCGACUCGUCCAUGGCGGUGCUCAACACGCACAUCUGCGCCGCGACGAGCCUCCUCAUGUGGACGACCCUCGACGUGGCCUUCUUCAAGAAGCCUUCCGUCAUCGGCGCCGUGCAGGGGAUGAUGACCGGACUGGUUUGCAUCACUCCUGGCGCAGGACUAGUCCAGGGUUGGGCUGCUAUGGUUAUGGGGAUCUUAUCAGGGAGCAUCCCCUGGUACACCAUGAUGGUGGUGCACAGGCGAUGGGCCUUCCUCCAGAAGAUCGACGACACGCUCGCCGUGUUCCACACCCACGCCGUCGCCGGUUUCCUAGGCGGCGCCACCACCGGCCUCUUCGCCGAGCCCGUUCUCUGCAGCCUCUUCCUGCCCGUCACCGGCUCCCGCGGAGGCGUUUACGGCGGCGUGGGUGGCGUCCAGUUCCUUAAGCAGGUCGUCGGCGCCGGGUUCGUAGUGGCGUGGAACGCCGUCGUCACCACCCUAAUCUGCGUGGCCAUACGAGUAGUCACCCCGCUUCGCAUGUCCGAGGAACAGCUCAAGAUCGGUGACGACGAGGUGCAUGGCGAGGAGGCUUACGCGCUGUGGGGCGACGGUGAGAGGUUUGACGUAACGAGGCAUGGAUCGAACUCGGAAUCAGAGUCGCAACAGCUUCAUGUUCCGACUGGUGUAACGCAGAAUGUCUAAGGAGUAGGGGAAGGCUGUGGUGGUGGUGGCUGUGAGUGCAAACCGAGGUGGUUUGAAGGCAGUGCAGGAUUCCUGGUUCUGCAGUGUUCACGCCAUAUAUGAUGCUUGUUAAGGCGCGUGUGGCUAUGGUGGUGGGAGGAAGUGAUUCUUCGUUUAUUUUAAUGAAAGAUACUCGCACAAAGAAAACAUCUUUGACCUAAAAGAUUCUUCUCCAAGUAGCAGUGAAUCUUAGCUACUUCUGUAUGGCAAUUUUAGAGAGAGAGAGAGAGAGAGAGAGAGAGAGAGAGAGAGAGAGAGAGAGAGAGAGAUCCUAUUAACUUGUGCAGGUCCAGGCCUUUCGAUGUUUCCAGAGGAAUAGCAGCUUAGAGGACUCCACGCUUACACUCUAUACUGUAGGAUGUUAUCGUCUACACACCGAGAGAGAGAGAGAGAGAGAGAGAGCAACACCAGCAGCGCAGAUUCAGAACUUGUGCAGGUCCAGUUCUUUCCAUGUUUCCGUAGCACACAGCACAUACCAGAGAGAGAGACAGAGAGAGAGAGAGGAUUAGGGUUUAUGACUAUGCUACAAUAGAUAAGGACCCAUGAGGAGUCAAGGCAAAGAAUUGAGGAGUUCAAUAAGUAUUUUCCUUUUUUUUUGUUUUGUUUUGAAUCAUACUUUAAAGUUUCUGUUUGAAUCAGAGUUUUGCCAAUCGACAGUGUUUUUGAAUCAAUGUUGUUUUUGAGUAAUAGCUUUGAAUUUGUGCUGCUGCUUAUACUCUUGAAACAUUGUUUGAUU